CAGCUGGCCUGGGCGGGAGCUUAAAGCAGAGUGAGCAGGUGCGGCGUGGAGGUGAGCACCAUGUGGCCCUUCCUGAGCCGCAAGCUCUUCCCACCGCCGUCUGAGACCUGGCUCCAGGUGGUCUCUUCGGACCCCAAGGCUCAGGGCUGGGGGGCCUGGGGUAGGACUGAGAAGACCCCAGUGGGGGCUGACGCUGGGCACGGGAAGGAGCAGGAGGAGGAAACGGAGGACGAUGCCGGCCUGCUGCUGGCCCUGCUGGAGCCGGAGCACCUGGCCCAGUGCCCGGUUCCUGACCAGGAGCUGGAGGCCAUCAAGCUGAAGCUGUGGGCCAUGGAGCAGGCCGAGGAGACGCCAGAGGCACCUGGAGCCGGAGGCGAGGCUGAUGAGGAGGAGGAUACGCAGGCCAGCCAGCUGCUCAGCUCUGAGACCUCCGGCUGUUCCUUACCCGGGACCCCCAAGGAGAAAGUGGAGGCUGAUCACAGGUCCAUCUACGUGGGCAACGUGGACUACGGGGGCACUGCCGAGGAGCUGGAGGCCUACUUCAACCAUUGUGGCGAGAUCCAGCGGGUCACCAUCCUGUGCGACAAGUUCUCCGGACACCCUAAGGGCUACGCCUACAUAGAGUUUGCCAGUGAGCGUUCUGCCCAGGCUGCUGUGGGGCUGGAUGCCAGUGUCUUUCGGGGCCGAGUCAUUAAGGUGCUGCCCAAAAGGACCAACUUCCCAGGAAUCAGCUCCACGGACCGUGGGGGCCUGCGGCUGCACCACGGCUCCAGAGCGGCGUUUCCCUUCUGCCGCAGCAGCCUCCUGGGCAGGCCUCGCUUCAGACCCCGAGGGCAGAACCGGGGCCGGGGGAGAGCAUUGCCAUGGUUCUCGCCAUACUGAGGUGCCCCAACGUCUACAGCCAGACCAGUUACUGCCACAGGGCGGGUGGC